CGCGUCUUCUGUACCGCCCGGAUCCAGUGAGGUAAACUAGGCGUUGUGAGCCUGGGCAGAUUUUUAAGCAAGCAAAUCUGAGCUUCGGGAAAGCAUUAUUCGCUAGGCCUUCUUCAACGUUGGAAGGCAAAAGACUUUGCGUUUCCCAGCGCUGUUAGAGGCUCAGCUUGGCAGUAUUUCUUGGAAGAACAUGGCAGACACUGCAAUGGAGGCCGGAGGGGAGCGCUUUCUUACACAAAGGCAAGUUCUGUUUCUCUUUGUUUUUCUGGGUGGGUCUCUGGCUGGGUCCGAGUCGAGACGCUAUUCUGUGGCUGAGGAAAAAGAGAGGGGCUUUUUAAUAACCAACCUAGCAAAGGAUCUGGGACUGAGUGUAGGAGAACUGGCUGCGAGGGGGGCCCAAGUUGUGUCUAAAGGGAACAGACAGCCUUUUCAGCUCAACCAUCAGACCGGUGAUUUGCUUCUGCAUGAGAAAUUGGACCGGGAGGAGCUAUGCGGCUCCACAGAGCCAUGUAUACUGCCUUUUCAGAUAUUACUGCAAAAUCCUUUGCAAUUUAUUACAAAUGAGCUCCAGGUCAUAGACGAAAAUGAUCAUUCUCCGGUAUUCUUUGAAAAUGAAAUGCAGCUGAAAAUUCUAGAAAGCACUCCACCAGGAUCAAUAAUUCCUUUGGGGAAUGCUGAGGACUUGGAUGUGGGAAGAAACAGUCUGCAAAACUACACGGUCACUCCUAAUUCCCAUUUCCACGUUCUCACACGCAGUCGUAGGGACGGAAGGAAGUACCCAGAACUAGUGCUGGACAAAGCGCUGGACCGUGAGGAGCAGCCGGAGGUCAGUUUAACGCUCACGGCGCUGGAUGGCGGGGCUCCACCCAGGUCUGGAACCGUCCAGAUUCACAUCCUGGUCUUAGACAUAAACGACAAUGCCCCAGAAUUUACACAGUCGCUCUAUGAGGUUCAAAUUCUAGAGAACAGCCCCAUUAACUCUGUUAUUGUCACUGUCUCAGCUUCUGAUUUAGAUACAGGAAAUUUCGGGACAAUAUCAUAUGCAUUUUUUCAUGCUUCUGAAGAAAUUCGCAAAACUUUUCAACUAAAUCCAAUUACUGGUGAUAUCCAACUAGUCAAAUAUUUGAAUUUUGAGGGGAUUAAAACUUAUGAAGUCGACAUAGAAGCCAAGGAUGGUGGAGGACUUUCGGGAAAAUCAACAGUGAUAAUUCAGGUGGUUGAUGUGAACGACAACCCACCAGAAGUGACCAUGUCAUCAGUUACCAGUCCUAUCCCAGAGAACUCGCCAGAGACUGUGGUGGCCGUUUUCAGUGUUUCCGACCUAGACUCUGGAGACAAUGGGAAAAUGAUGUGUUCCAUUGAGAACGAUCUCCCCUUCGUUCUGAAACCAUCUGUAGAGAAUUUUUACACCCUAGUGUCAGAAGGAGCGCUGGACAGAGAGAAAGGAGCCGAGUACAACAUCACCAUCACCGUCACUGACUUGGGGACACCCAGGCUGAAAACCCAGCACAGCAUAACCGUGCUGGUCUCCGACGUCAAUGACAACGCCCCCGCCUUCACUCAAACCUCCUACACCCUGCGGGUCCGCGAGAACAACAGCCCCGCCCUGCACAUCGGCAGCGUCAGCGCCACAGACGCAGACGCGGGCGCCAACGCCCAGGUCACCUACUCGCUGCUGCCGCCCCACGACCCGCGCCUGCCCCUCGCCUCCCUCGUGUCCAUCAACGCGGACAACGGGCACCUGUUCGCCCUGCGGUCCCUGGACUACGAGGCCCUGCAGGCCUUCGAGUUCGGCGUGGGCGCCACAGACCGAGGCUCGCCGGCGCGGAGCAGCCAGGCGCUGGUGCGCGUGCUGGUGCUGGACGACAACGACAACUCGCCCUUCGUGCUCUACCCGCUGCAGAACGGCUCGGCGCCCUGCACCGAGCUGGUGCCCAGGGCGGCCGAGGCGGGCUACCUGGUGAGCAAGGUGGUGGCGGUGGACGGCGACUCGGGCCAGAACGCCUGGCUGUCGUACCAGCUGCUCAAGGCCACGGAGCCCGGGCUGUUCGGCGUGUGGGCGCACAACGGCGAGGUGCGCACGGCCAGGCCGCCGAGCGAGCGCGACGCGCCCAAGCACAGGCUGCUGGUGCUGGUCAAGGACAACGGCGAGCCGCCGCGCUCGGCCAGCGUCACGCUGCACGUGCUGCUGGUGGACGGCUUCUCGCAGCCCUACCUGCCGCUGCCGGAGGCGGUGGCCGAGCAGGCGCAGGCCGACCCGCUCACCAUCUACUUGGUCAUCGCCCGCUCGGUGUCGUCGCUCUUCCUCUUCUCGGUGCUCGCGUUCAUCGCGGUGCGGCUGUGCGGGAGGAGCAGGGCCGCCUCGCUGGGUCGCUGCUCGGUGCCUGAGGGCCACUUUCCGGGCCACCUGGUGGACGUCGGCGGUACUGGGACCCUGUCCCAGAGCCACCAGUAUGAGGUGUGUCUGAGGGGAGGUACUGGGACCAGCGAGUUUCAGUUCCUCAAACCGAUUCUCCCCAGUGGUCUGGUUCAAGACACUGAGAAAUACUAGGGCAAAACUCCAAUUGCAAAAAUAGCUUAGGUUUUAUUAACAGAAGAAUC